GGGCCUGCUGGCAUCAUGGCGGAGAAGCACCGCGAGCCGCUGCCGCCGGCCCCGGGCGGCCUCGGGGCGGGGCUGGCGGGCGGCCUGUGUCGGCGCUGCAGCGCGGGGCUCGGCGUCCAGGCCCAGCGCCCCGGCGGCGUGUCCAAGUGGGUCCGGCUCAACGUGGGCGGCACCUACUUCCUCACCACCCGGCAGACGCUGUGCCGGGACCCCAAGUCCUUCCUGUACCGGCUGUGCCAGGCCGACCCCGACCUGGACUCGGACAAGGACGAGACAGGCGCCUACUUGAUUGACAGAGACCCCACUUACUUCGGGCCCGUGCUCAACUACCUGCGGCACGGGAAGCUGGUGGUGAACAGGGACCUGGCCGAGGAGGGGGUGUUGGAGGAAGCGGAGUUUUACAACAUCACCUCGCUAAUAAAACUUGUAAAGGACAAAAUCAGAGAGCGAGACAGCAAAACAACACAGGUGCCGGUGAAGCACGUGUACCGCGUGCUGCAGUGUCAGGAGGAGGAGCUCACGCAGAUGGUGUCCACCAUGUCGGAUGGCUGGAAGUUCGAGCAGCUGGUCAGCAUCGGCUCAUCCUACAACUACGGGAGCGAGGACCAGGCCGAGUUCCUCUGCGUGGUGUCUAAAGAGCUGCACAACGCCCCGUGCGGCAGCGCCAGUGAGCCCAGCGAGAAGGCCAAGAUCCUGCAGGAGCGCGGGUCCAGGAUGUGAGGCGGCACCGCCCCUUCUCCCAGGAUGCAGGGAGCCGCCUUGUCCAGGCAGCCCGCCAGAGGAGCCCGCUCCCGACCGGUCCUCUCCAGACCUGCUGUGAACCCCUCUCUGCCUUCUGCGAGGAGGUGCCAGGGUGUCCCUCCCGAGGCAGGCGCACAACUGACCUUUCCGUGGGAGACCACACAGGACUGUUCUUGGUGCUACAUAAACAGUCGGGAACCCCGGGCCUGGCUGCCGCCACGCUCACUGCUUCCCGGGCGGCCCAGGUGUGUUUUCCGGUGAGAGGCCCUGCGUCCCCAGUGUGGAUGGGACCCGGCACGCCGGUCCUUUCUAGAAAUGUCUACAAGUGUUGCUGCAUCUGGUGUUCAUCUGUUCCACCGUCUGUCCUGCCCAUGGGCUCACAGGGAGCUGGUGCCUUGUCCCCCGGGACACUGGGCGUCCUGGCCGCCUGGGUGGGACCGGCCCCCAGCCCCGGGCGGACUCCUUGGGAUGUUUACAGCGCCUGUCUCCCCGCCGCCCUUGCGCUCUCUGUUCAACUAUGCAGCUCUCUGGGUCACUCCCCUGACCUCAGAGCCACCGGACCCCAGGACCCCGGCUGCUGCUGCUCUGACCGCCCGGGGCCCCUGGCAUGGGGCAGCUGGCCGCGAGUCCUUCCCAUCCUGGGCAUCAGGGAGCCCACCCUCCUCUCCUCAGCCGGUAACCCACUAGCCCAGCCCCCCCAGUGCCGCCCUCAUGGCCUGACCUAGUGCAUAGGCUCGUGGCAGUUUUGUUUCCUUUCCUUUCCUUUCUUUAAUUUAAGAUAUUAAGACUUAAUUCACUAAAGUGUAUUCUGAGGGGAUAUUUAUACUUUUAUACUUUUUUAGGUAUCCAUAUUUUAUCAGCUUACAGUUCAUGCCUAAGUUUCCCCAGGAAAUAGCAAAUAAAGUUGUAUAUUUAUGAACUA